AUGAGUUCUCCUCUCCGCGCAUCAAUCAUCACAUUAUCGGUAUUGAACCCACAGACCAAUCAAUAUCAGCAAAUGGGUCAAAUUCCAAUAAUAGUAAUGCGUAUUAAUGGAAAACUUCAAAUUAUUCUUAUGAGAUCAAAAACUCAACCAUUAAUGGCUAUUGAUCCAUCAGAAAACAAUAACUGGGUCAUUUCAAAUGACGUUUACGCAACAUUUACCGAUAAAAAUGGCAGAGUUUGGCUCUUUUUGUUUAAAUCCGCCGAAGAAACACUUAUUUUCACAAUGGUUGCACUAUACGGUACAGCAAAACUUAAAAAUGGAAGCCCCAUUACUAUCGUAAACAAAGGCGGAAAUCAAAUCGAACCAACUCAUGACAUUUCAGUCGACUACAAAAUUUACAGCCUUAAGGAGUCCAACUUAGACAAUCCCAACGAACAACAAGGCGUAAAUGUUGGAUUCACUGAAUCAUCUCCAUUAAGAAAUCUUUUUAAUGGCGGAUACUACGGAGCUACUCAUCUUCUUUUCUACGAAGAAGAUAUUAUCUGUAUUGCAACAGUAUCAGAUCCAAAUCCACCAGCUGCUCCAAAAGAAACUCCUCAACCAGCACAAUCUCUUCCGCAAAUCGGAAAUUCAGAAUCAAAUCAGCCGAAAGUAGAACAACCAAAGCAACAAGAAAAGCCAAUCGAACAACCUAAACAAGUAGCCGCAGCUCCUAAAGAAGAAAUUAAGCCAAAGCAAACAGAAACUCCAAAACAAAAUCCGCCAGCAGAAAUUAAGGUCAAAGAAGAGACUAAAGUACCAGUAGUUGAAGAAAAACCAAAAUAUAUCGAAGAAAAACCCAAAUUUACAAACGAAAAGCCAAAACUUUCUGACGAAAAACAAAAAACAAUAUUUGAUGCACAACUCGACCAAAUACGCUCCGAAAUGUACGGCAAAUUCAACGAGUUAAGCAAGAUGGUUGCUGCUAUUAAGCGCCAACAGGCUUCUCGUGCUGCAACUCCUCAAUCAUCUGAUAUUCUCAUUGCAUCUGUCGAAAGGCUUGUCAAAGAGAACGAAGCCAAGGACAGACUGAUUGCAGAGAAGCAACAAUUGAUAGAAAUGCUCAACGCAAAGAAGAAUGAUACAAGAGAAAGGGAUGAAUUAAGAAAACAGCUCGCAGAACUUACAGCAAAAGUAUCAAAGACAAAAGAACAAACAAAGAAGAAACAGGAAGAAAAGAAAGAAUUAGAAAAGAGAAUUGAGGCACUUAAGAAAAAAGUGUCAGCUGCAAAAAGUGACAGUGAAUCCAAACUUGCCAGCAUACGUCGUGAGCUUGAGAGUGAGAGGCAGCGCCAGAUGCAGGACUUAGAGCAGUCCAAGCAACAACUCCAGUGGAAUGUCAACAAAUCUGAGGAAGAAAUCAAAGAAUUGAGAAAGAAAUUAACCGAAGCUGAAGAACUAAACAAGGAACUGAAGGAGAAGAGCGGUGUAGACUCAGCAAAGGAGUUAGAAAAGCUCAAGGCUGCAGCAGAUCAACUUCUCGUCAAUACAGUGAAGAAAAUGGUUUCGGGUGUAUACCAGAACUGUCAGAAGAUCUUUUCCGGUGCUGAGUUUGAUGGAGCUCAGGUAAUUAAGGGCGUACGUGCUGCUCUUCAGGCACAAGCCGAAGAAAUUUUAUCGGAAUUGGAGUAA